AUGCUCGCGCGGGUAUCGGGUUUGAAACGACAAGCAAUGACGCAAGCAUACAAGCCCUUUCGAGAAAAAAAGAGUGGAAUAUUAAGCCUUAAACUUCAGAUUGCCCAUCACAGUACCGAUGCCACUAAAAUCACUUUGGUGGGAGCAUCGUUUGGAGGGACAAUGGCUGCGGAGAUUUCUAACUACCUGAAUGUGCCCUGCGAUGUGAUCGCCAUAGACAGCGGAAAUAGUUACGAUACGUUAAAAGAGUAUUCACUACAAAAUCACGUGAAGAACUUGAAUAACGCACUGCCAUCUAAUGAAAUUGACGAAGAAACGCGGUUUUGGAUGCAGGUGAACUCAUGGGAUUUGCUACAAAUGCUCAGCGAUUACAAUCCCAGGAUCUACACCAAUAUACAAAACUUCCACAUUUUUUCAGUGGAUGGAUCGGACCUUGGAUGGGGGAGAUUUGCAACCAUUACUUCAACAAGGACGAUUGGUGGAGCACAUGCCGAUAUGUUAUCAAUGAAGUACAGCGCACAUCUUGCUACUGAAAUUGUUGAUGUUCUGAAGUGCAGUUGACA